AAAUUGUAGUUUAGCUGCGUAGCAUUUAGAAGCUUGCUGGAGGAAAAAAUGAGUCGACACUUUGCUGCUGCUUUUUGUCUGGCUUUAGUUUUUCUUCCUUUGCUGAGCAGCUCGUGUCCUUCACAAUGCAGCUGCUUCUUCCACAAACUAAGCGACGGCUCAAAAGCAAGGAGUGUGCUUUGCAAUGACCCAGAGAUCACUGUGAUUCCUCCAAAUUUUCCCCUCGACACCUCAAAGCUGCGCAUUGAAAAGACGGCAAUCACAAGGAUUCAGAGCGACAACUUCCACUACCUCAACAACCUGGAAUUUCUGUGGAUGUCUUUCAAUUCACUGAAUUCACUGAAUGUUGACAGUUUCCGUGGUCUUUACAACCUGGACGAGCUCCGGCUGGAUGGCAACUCCCUUACAUCCUUCCCCUGGGAGUCUCUGACUGAUAUGCCAAACCUAAGACUCCUUGAUUUACACAACAACAAAAUCUCCACAAUCCCUGCUGAUGCCACUGUUUACAUUAAGAAUCUCACCUAUCUCGACUUAUCCAGCAACACUCUGACAACUAUUCCUGCUGAAGUUCUCACAAUGUGGCUGAGCGUGAAGCCAUCCCAGGAUGCAGAUUCCUCCAAACUAAUUCUCGGUCUUCAUGAUAACCCAUGGCUGUGCGACUGCCGGCUGUAUGAUCUGGUCCAGUUUCAGAAGUCUCCGUCAUCAUCUGUGGCUCUCAUUGAUACCAGGCUGAGGUGUGCCGAUCCGGAGAGCUUAUCAGGGGUCCUUUUCACCGAAGCGGAGCUGCAGAGGUGCCAGGGCCCUCGUGUGCACACAGCCGUAGCUCGUGUACGAAGCUCACUGGGCAACAACGUCUUGCUGCGCUGUGGCACAGUUGGAGUCCCCAUCCCUGAGCUGUCCUGGAGCCGCGCCGAUGGCAAGAAAAUGAACGGCACAGUUCAGCAAGAGAUUUCAAAGGAGGGCAUCAUUUGGUCGAUUCUCAGCGUGCCUGCAGUCGCCUACCGAGAUUCUGGGAAAUAUGUGUGCAAGGCAACCAACUUUGUGGGUACCGCAGAUGCCAUUAUCUCUUUAGUUAUCACAGAUUCCUUUCGGUCAGAGGAAGCAGGUGGUGGUGUCUCGAAGAGAACCAGAGGGAAGAAACCUGGUGGCAUUGGAAGGGCGGCAUACCAGGAGAAACUUAUUGCCAGAUAUGUUCCUCCACCAACCACCACAGCCGCCCAGCCCAUCAUUGAACCUCUAAAUGGCAAAGGCGUGACUGGGAAGUACGAAAUCGAGAGCUACAGCAUCUCUGACGGUGCUUCUGAUGGACGAGGCAAGGCAUCCGAUUCCCAGAAACCGGUGGAGGUGGAUGCCCUGAGCAACUUGGCAGCCAAUGCCUCAUCCUUGCAGGCAGCUCCGGAGAAAAGGGUAGUGCGUUCGGUGAAGGUGAUUGGCGAUACCGACCAUACUGUCUCUCUGAACUGGAGAGCCCCUACAGCCACAAACACCACAGAAUUCAGUGUCCUGUAUGCUAUAUUUGGUGAGAGAGACAUGCGUCGGGUCAAUGUAGGGGCUGGAAAGAACCGUAUCACAAUUGACGGCCUUGUUCCAAAGACAAAGUACAUUGCUUGUGUUUGCGUCAAAGGCUUGAUCCCGAAAAAGGAGCAGUGCGUAAUCUUCUCAACAGAUGAGGCGGCCAGCGCCAGUGGCACUCAGAAGCUCAUUAAUGUGGUGGUGAUAACGGUGGCUUGUGUGAUUGCUGUCCCCCUGACACUGAUUGUGUGCUGUGGGGCGCUAAAGAAGCGCUGCCAAAAGCUGCUGGGUCGGCAGUCCAAGGAAAUGCAGGACUCCUACGUCACGUUUGAGACCCUGGGACCUGGGGCCAAAGCUAAAGGGAUGGAGGGCGAAUAUCUGACCAGGCUAAAUCCUGAUGAAUCCAACAGGUUGCUCUCAGCGAGGUCCAGUGUUGACUCAGAGGCCAUAAUCAGGACUGAAGGGCCACCUAAUGAGUAUUUCUGCUAAAACCAAAUGAAUGCCUCAACCUCCAGAGGAUGCACUUUGUUUUCUACUGAUGUGAAUAGAUAAAAAACUCUGUGCUCAGAGACUUAAAGGACUGAGAACAGAGGACAAUGAGAGCUCAGUGAGCAUUGGAUGUAUGAAGUUGUUUUACAGCCUUGUAGGAAUCAAACCCACCAUUUAUUUGGUGGAUGCGAAAAAGGGAAAACAUACACAAUGACAUGGUUUAAAUAUUUAUUUACAUUUGGUGUACAGUAAAAGUGUAAAAAACAACAACAUUUUUUUAUUCAUCGUGCACUUUUAAAGGUGAUGUUUUGCGAGGAAAAUGUUGCCCUAAACUGUCUAAAACCCAAUGAUUUUUAAAAACAUUUCUCUGAGAUUUAGCCUAACCUCUGCAUUGUGUUAAAUCUUUAUUUAAAACAUCAAGUAUUUAGAGAAAUUAACCAGCAGUUAUUAGUUCAUUUUGUAUGUCAGUAUUAUGUUAAUGUGCCAGGUUUACUGUUGGGUUAAAAGAAAAAAAAG